ACUCACAUGCCUUUCCUAUUCCAUUCCAUUCCUUUAACCUACACAUCACACAACAAAUAAAUUCCUGAAAAUAAAGAUAAUUUUCGAUACCUGAAAUAUCUACACGAAAUUCGUUUAAGCAUGGCCGGAGAAACAGAGCAGUUAACGUUCCUAAGUGAACUACAAAAUAUUGGAGGUGGCGAGUUCAAGUCGGGAUACUGCCUAAAUGAAACACCUAUUCUGCCGCCAGUGAUGAAUGACUGGAAGAGACUGGAAAUGAUGCGGCUGCGCUUGAGUGCCUUGACCAAGGAAGCGGUCCAGAAGAGAAACCAGAUUACAUGUCCGGAACGAAAGGAUGCGUCUACCAGUACAAACACGCAACCAGGACUGGGUCCUCUGGUCAUAAUGGGUCGCUUCCGGCAAAAACUGGAGCAGUCGAAGACGAUGAUCUGUGAUCACACAGCCAACAUGGUCAUGCAGAUCUCUGCUCCGCCACUCAAGCCAAUUGGGAUUACUUCUCAACUGGUCAUGGAGGAUGCUUCUCUGGCUCCGCCGCAAAGAGCUGUUGUCAAGGUGACGCCCGUGAGAUUGGCCACAGCACAAAGUGGUUGGGUAACCAAGUUGGAUCCACCGAAGGCGGAGAACCCCAGGCCACAGGAGAAGGUCGUGGAAGCACUUCAUCGGUGCACCAGUAGUCCUGAUCUCGUGAAGCUUCAUCACCAAAUGUGGCGCAGAGAUCCCAUUCCACAGCUAACUUUGCCUAUAAAGAGUGAGCUGCAAAUUGGACAGCAUCUGGAGAAGAAGCCAACUAACAAGCCUACGACAAGCAGGAUUCCCAGUCGAAUCCCGAAGCUGAUUACCAGCCAAGUGACCAACAAUGCCAAUGCCACCAAAACCCAGAGUGCCUACCAAGCCCGACGCAGCUACGAUGCCAAAGUGGCUGCCAAGCGAAGCAGUCAGGUGAGCAAAGGCCAGGCAUCCGCAGUCAAACAGAAAGCGCCACCUAAUACCAAGCACUUGAGUGUGCCGAAAAGCAUCAGGACGCCGGUGCCGGAAUGUAAGAGACCAGGAUUUGUGCAGGACGAACUGCAGCUUCAGAAGAACCUCUUCAAGUCGCUGAUGAUUCGCCAGGCGGAGGAGAGCAGGCGCAUCCAAGCCAAAAUGCAACAGCAGCACCAGGGUCUCAUCGCCAGCAUGAUGAGCGAUCUCGACCACGCCGUGGAGAUCUCGAAUGACAUCCAGUCCAGGGCAUUGCACAUGGACUCCAGCCCCUCCAGCAACUCCAGCGAUCCCAGCCAGAAUUAGUCCAACCAUACGCAGAUGAACUUUCAAAAUUGUUAAACGUUCAUCCGGGAACGGAGUAGGGCGAUAGUAGAGUGGAUCAGGAACAGACGGGAAAAACAUAUUACUCAAUCCUCCGCCAAGAAUUUUCAAUUCGUUGCCCUCUUUAAUGGAUAUUGAAAAUUCUUGAUUGGAGCACUUGGAAUUGGAGCCGCAAUCGAAUUUUCAGUUCGCGCAAGAACUGCAUUUUUUCGUUUGGGGUGCGACAAAUCUGUUUGUAUUAUAUUUCAUGUGGGUGUUCUCCUGCUUUUCAAUUUCAACACGGCGUUGCAAAAAACAAGAAA